AUGGAGGUGGAGAGCACUCGUGUACACGUUCGCCCGGAUGGCAAGAAGCUGAUCGACGUCACGCUGCGGCGUCAAGGGGUGCCUUCUCAGCAGGCCCCGCUAGUCGUCCCUCGAUUCGAUGACGAAGACGACAGCAGCAGCUCCGACUCGGACGAUGAAGAACCAGCGAUCAAGUCGACAGCAUCGCUGAACAAAAGGCACUAUAGCAUUCCCAGUAACAACAAUAACGAAGACGACCAUGGCGGGGCUACUGUUAGCAGUGGCAAACUGGACCAAGGACAAACUUUCCAGGGGGAAGUGCAAUGGGAUCACGUACAAGAGCUCCAGGAACUCACUAACGCCAACGCGACGUUGACUUCCGAAGCGCGCGACCUUCGUCAACAGGUCAAAGCCCUGCAGAUUCAGUUGGAGGCGCAGGCCCCAGUCCCAGGGCUGGACGCUGACGCGGUUCAGGACAUUCUGCUGGAGAAGGACAUCCUUGAGCACGACGUCCGCGACGUGAAAAUCGUGCACCAGGCCAAGACAUUGCGUACACUGAAGCGCUCGUUGCAGCACGAGAAGCAAAUAGCUGCUGAUGCAGUCAAGCAGUGCAAAACCUUCGAGGCUGCCAACAAGAAGCUCGAAGAUGAAGUCGACACGCUCAAGCUGAAGCUCCAGCGCUUUCAGGCUCGAGCGGCUGCUGAUAAAAAGCUGUGCGAGGAGUUGAAGUCGAAGAGCACUUCACUACAGCAGGAACUCAAGAAGACCCAGCGUGCCUUGGUCCGAGAAGUUGGCGACGACGUGCCUCUAGAGGACAUCAUCGGUAACACGGACAACACUGCGAGUGGAGCAAGCCGUCGAGGCCGCGCCCAGCACAUCAUCAUGUUGAAAGCCAAGGUGAAGAAGCUACAGGCUCAGCUGGCCUCUGUAAAGCCUGGUACUACCUCAGUCGCCUCCCAGGACUCAGCGGAUACGACGACAGUAUUGGACGUUGAUCAACGAGCGCAACAAGAUCUAUCGGGCCAGCAGAUCCACCGACAGAAGCUCCUGGACCAACUCACGAGCCAGCGAGAUGAAUUGCAGGAGCGAAUCCACCGCCUAACUCGCAAAUAUGACGCGUUGAAGGCGCGCGCGCAGAUCCUGGACAGAGAGAAGCAGGAGACGCGCAACAAGUUUCAAGUUCUCGUGGAAAAGUCUCGCACUGACGACGCCUUGGUGGACGCGUUGCAGCGUCAGCUCGAGGCUUGGAAGGCGAAACUGCACGAGGCGAGACGUGCGCGAACUGCAGACGGGAUGAAGGCUAGUGCUAACGCCGAUGAACGCGCUGAGCUGGAGCGACUUCGUAAAAUUGUCGCUGAGCACAAAAGUCGAGGUGGGGACCGGGCAACGGUGCAGUCGAACACGAUGAUGCCUCAACCAAGUGAAGCUUCGCAGUACCGCGCGAUGGCAGUACGUGGUUUCAUCACUUUAGUUCGUAGCAUUGAUGAUAAAGCUCACCCUAACGUGUUUCUUGUGGUGGGAAUGAUAGGCGGAGAAGGAGCGCUUAGCGGAGGUUGUUCGCGGCUUGAAAGCCCAACUCGAAGAGAAGGACAAACAGUUGCGAAGUGUGCAGGACGAAUCCGCAACACUGCUGCCUACUUCGACCCAACCAACUCCGCCGUCUCCUGUGCUACCCCCGAUCGGGGACGAAAGCGUAUCACGCAUCCCUGUGAGCCGAGCGCACAGCACACACAGUGUACAUUAGUUUUUGUCACGGCUAAUUAUUAUGUUGAACGUGUUGUUUUUGCUGCUAGAGGAGACCUGGAAGCAAGGUUCCCAAGCCAGGAGGGAAGAGCGCGAGAGGCAACAGCGCAACUGAAGUAG